AUGCAGAACUCCUCAGCGCGGUUCGGGAUGGUGAGCCACUGUCAGGCGCCGGUGUUCGCGGACUUCCCCGGCGUGGCGCUGUCCGCGUACGGCGGCAAGGCGGACGUGUGUGCGCGGCGAGGCGGCAGCGGCGCGUUCGGAGCGCAGAUCUGCCGCAGCCCGCAGACCUACGACGGCCAGGCGGCUCUCAUGAACUGCUCCGGCCAGAAGCGACUCAGCGGGUCCGAGCAGAAAGCGCAUCUGGCGGCCAAAGCUCCACGGUCGUGCUUCUCUCUCCCGCCCAUGCAAGCGGCUCUGAGUGAAACCAGCGUCGUCCCCUGGCUAUACCAGGCUGUUUGCGUAGCGCGCUUCGACUUCUCUCUGCUUCUUUGUGUUUCCGCUGUGACCCGCGACAAGACAAAUGCUGUGGAGACUGUGGACACAUCAGCUCAAACUGAAGUGCAGGUUAUAACCAUUAUCCCUCCUUUUCCAGUGAAUGGUGCCUACUGCUCGGAGAAAGAUGUAGACGCUGAGCUGGGUGACGCUGUGGACACCCUGAUGCGAUGUGGGCAGAGCCUGCCACUAUCACCGGGGGGUCAUUUAGGGGGGCUAUACCCCCAGAGCCUCCACUGUGACAGACCUAUUCCAGACCUCCUCCUGCAGGACGGCCCUCACCAGGACGCCAGAUCCUCCUCUGCCUUCCAGACGACCCUGUCAGGGGCCUCACCUGGCCUCGGCUGCGGCAGUGCCAGUGCGACUCGCUCCUCUCUCCCUUACAUAAUCAAACAGGAGAACUCGAUGGGCUAUAAAAUCUCCAGCACAGGGUCGAGAGUCAACAGCACGUCUCAGGCCGUGUUUCAAAACUGUAGAGUAGGACAAGGUUUGGUGGUGCCAAGGGAUGUGACAGUUGGAGCUCCGCAUGCUAGCAACAAUGGUAGCGGCGUAUGUGCAGCAGGCGGUGUUGGUGGUGCUGCGUCAAGAGACGCAGUUCAAUCGUUUAAUAAUGAAGAUGGCUCCUCCCCGCUGGCUUUGUCUCCAACUGGCUCCCGUCAUUCAGCGCGGCAGCUCAGUGCGAACACUCUGAAGAGACACUGCCUGUCCCUGGCUGCGCAGUCUACCGCUGCUGCUGGCACGGGCAGUGUUGGCGCCACUAGUUCCCCAUCAGGUUCUGGCGCUGAUUCCAAGGAGAUCAAUAUCACCGCCAUCAUCUGCUCCUCCUCCCAGAUGUCGAUGGUGGCUUGCAUCAACGGGUUACGUUCUAACCUUUCAACCAGCCACACCAGAAGUGCCGGCUUCUCCUCCUCUUCCUCCUCCUCUUCUACGUCCCCACCCUCUAACUCCUGCUCACAGGAAGCCCUCCAGAGGCCCCCACCUCGAGGCAGCCCCCAGCAACCCACGGUACACGAGAACUGUCAUCUGUCAUCACCUGCCACCUGCCUGCUGUCCCUUUCCGCCUCCUCCUCCACAUCCUCCUCUUCGGUGUCAUCAGAGGAGCCUGAGCAGGGCCAGGGGCUAAGCCAGGGGCUGUGUGAGGAGCCGGGCUCCAUGCUGCAGGGGCGUGGGGCUGGAGGAGCAGCCGGGGGAGGCGCGGCAGGCUCGGACGGGCUUGGGCUACUGAUGAGUGGGGCCCUGAUGUCUGGGACAUUGCAUUCAGGGCCUGAAGCUGGGGUCCUCCUGGACGGAGGCCAACGAUCUGGGGCUGCCCUCAAACAGGAGCCCCUCGAUGAUUUCUCUCCGAGUGAAGACGAACUCUUUCAGCACCACUAUCACCAUCAUUUGAGUGGUCGCAGUGGACACCUCCGUCACCCCCACCACCCCCCUCGACCUGCCAUGCCUCCGCCCUACCACCUGCACCAGUACGUGGGGCCCAGCCCUGGGGGCCUGCUGCACAACCUGAGCCAGCAAACAGCACCGGCCUCAUCUCUGGGACACAAACAGACCUCCGGAGGAGCUCCUGGAUCUCACACCGCCGUAGAGCAGGAGGAGGCCAUUGGAGGAGUGCUGGGUGAUAAGCAGGUCUGUCGCUGGAUUGACUGCAGCGCUGCGUACGAGCAGCAGGAGGAGCUGGUGAGGCAUAUUGAGAAGGUGCACAUCGACCAGCGCAAAGGUGAAGACUUCACCUGUUUCUGGGCGGGUUGCAUUCGCCGCUACAAGCCCUUUAAUGCGCGCUACAAGCUGCUCAUUCACAUGAGGGUCCACUCUGGAGAGAAACCCAACAAGUGUAUGUUCGAGGGCUGUAACAAAGCGUUCUCCCGUCUGGAGAACCUGAAGAUCCACCUGCGGAGCCACACAGGAGAGAAGCCGUACCUGUGCCAGCACCCCGGCUGCCAGAAAGCUUUCAGCAACUCCAGCGACCGCGCCAAGCACCAGCGCACUCACCUGGACACGAAACCGUAUGCGUGUCAGAUCCCCGGCUGUACCAAACGUUACACAGAUCCCAGCUCGCUACGCAAACAUGUCAAAAUCCACUCGGCCAAAGAGCAACAGGUGCGUAGGAAGCUUCGGCCCUGCCCUCACCUGGAGCAGGACGUCCUGAGUGAGUGUUUGUCCAUGCAGCACCUUCAGAGCUCCGCCUCCUCGCAGCACCUCUACAACGGCAAAGAUGGUCGUUCUCCAGGACUGGGCCAAGACAUCUUCACAGGCAUGUACACUGGCUCCAGCACCCCCCAUCACAGCACCUCGGUGGAGCUCCUCUCCCCUAACUCCAACCCCAUCUCUGCCAGCGACCUGCCCUCCAGACAACACCGGCUAGACCGCGACCUCGGCAGCCCUCAUCACCUGUCCCCGCUGACUGCUAUGGAUGGCACGAGAGACGGGGUGUCGGGCCCCCUGAUGUCUCCUGGGAUGAAGGGAACAGGGACGCCUCCUCCUCCUCCACCACCGCAGCCGCCGCCUCUGGAGAAACAGCAUGUUCACCCUCACCAAAAGCCCUACUCUCACUAUCACCAUCACCAGUCUGCUAAUGACGAAUACCAAGGCAGCUUUCAGAGCUGCUUCCAUUUCGGAGACUCCUACAGGAUGGAGCAGACGGUCGGUGGUGUCCACGUCCCCGGAGAUUCUCACGCCUACACUUCCCAUCAGCACAAUGGCUUCCACAUGUCGACCAGCACAGCCGGCUCAUCGGGCUUCAACUUGACUCAGGAGCUGCAGGGCAACGCAGGGUGCCAGUUCACGUCCAGCCCCGAGGAGAGCAUUUUCUUCCAGGUCGGCAGCUUCGACCGCAGCCUGAGCCACAUGUCAUCCAUCUACACAGAGACAUAGAGCAACACUGGAGCAGGACACGCUUCACCACUCACACUCUACUACACCGCAGUCCGACUCCUUCACAUGUCUUCACACACUCGGGGCACUUCUCCUUUAGGUCCUGUUUUCUUCCAGGUCCCACAGACUCACUGCAGGUGUCAGAUGGAUGAUGAACCCGACCACAUUAGAAUGACACUCAGUAGAGCACAUUCCUCCACCAGGGCCCAACAGUCUGCUCCCCACACUGGAUGAUUUCAUCACACGCUCGUAGAUAUGUGCCUGGCUCUUCUUAUCAAACUUCAUAAAUUAUCAGUGUUCACGUUGAAAAACUCCAGAUCUUUCAGAUUCUUUCCAGAUCUGCACCUCCACAUCCUUCUACCAAGUUUCAUGGAAAAUCUGUUCGGAUGUUUUUGUGUAAUGUUACUCACAAUCCAACCAACCAACAAACAGACAGGGGUGAAUACACAAUCUCAAAACUCUUGAAGUCAGUUUAGGUUAUUUACGAAACACUAUGUGAACCCUUAAAACAAAAAUGUCUCAUCACCAGUAAAACUGAAAAGAGGUUCUUCCUGGUUGUAAAUAAACCAUUUUCAGGGGAAAAGAAAACUAUUUAAAAGAAAAGAAAUAAACAAAGAUAUGAGGAAUUUUACUCAUUCACAUCAGCUAAUUUAAUACUCAAUACUAAUGUCUGAGAAAAUAGUCCCAAUGAUGUCACAGUGAUGUCAUGAGGGUUAUUUGGGAUUGAGCUGGAGACAGAUGUACAACAGACAGCCUCUGUUAUGAACUGGGGGUGUGCAGGUUUGAAUAUGUGUGUAUUUCCCCUGCAGGGAGUUGUCUUCCCACAGACGCUGGUGAGUUGCACUGAAUGUGAAUAUUGGGAUCAGGUAUUUCAGGUAGAAGUCAGUACGUAUCUCCUUUGUUGGAAUCGAUUUGGUCCUUCUUGUCUCUUGCAUCCCGCAAAACAUCAUGAAAGUUUCAUCAAUUCCUCUGAGAACUUUGUUAAAGGGAAAACCUUUAAAAUGAUUUGAUCAGCUUCUGGUUCAGAGGUUUAACUGAUUUUAAACAAAUCAGAUAAAUCCAAUGGAAGUCUCCUCUUUUAAGUAGUGAAAAAAUAUGACUCUUUAAAACAAUCAUAACAUAAGAGACAGAAACUUUCCUUCUGAGCUUCAGAAUCACAUUUAUUGAUCAAGAACCCAUCAUGUACAGAUAUUGUGAAUCGGUUUACGUUGGUGCAUCACGUACACACCUACAUACAAAGUACAACCAGAGAAAGCCUCCAUGUUUCCUCGGCUUUGACAUUUCAACUUCAGACGAUACAAACCUGAACGGACGUUGAAUAAAACGUCCUCGACCUCCUCUCUCUUUCUCUCUUUCUCUCUCUCUCUCUCUCUCUGAACUACAUCUUUUGAUCUGUUUCAGACUGAAGUGUAGAGAUAAAUAUAUCAUUUUGCCGUGUGUUUGCUUUUCUUCUUCUCUUUUUGUUGUCAAGUGUUCUGUGCCUUUGCAUUUACUUCCAGAGGAGGGGCUCAUUCAUUCUGCAAUACUGCAGGAAAAACAACAAACUCCUUCAUUACAUGUGUAUAAAAUGUACAGUUUGUUAAAAAACAAUCAUUUGAAUGUUUGUCAUUUCUCAGUUUAAGAUAUAAUAAAUGGUUUGGUCACUCAA